GCUAGAUUGAGCCGAGAGCUAACGGUGGUGUGGCCGGCUCUACGUCGUCUACUGUAGUCGUUCGUGCGGCCUUGCGCUGUAACCCGGAGCUCUGCUCUUGGGAGUUAGUUCGGUAAGAAGCGCGUGUCGGAGGCGCAGUACCCGGACGCCCGGUGUGUCGGCUCUGGAGCUUCAGGGAUCUUGACAGUCAGUUCGUCAGGCCAGAAAACGCUGGCUGGAGCCGCCCGCAGUGGGAUUCUUUGGAGAGCUAGCCUUCCCUGCUUGAAGAGGACGCUUGGCGGCGUGUCGCCUGCGUUGGUGCAACCCGGUAACUCCUCCACCCUGGUCUAGCGGUUCUGUGGAUGUCUCGGCUCUUCAGGAGAGAUGAAGAAAACCCUGCAGGAUGAGAUUGAAGCCAUUCUUCAGAAAAGGAUUAUGGUGCUAGAUGGUGGGAUGGGGACCAUGAUCCAGCGGUGCAAACUAAGUGAAGAAAAUUUCCAAGGUCAAGAGUUUAAAGAUCACACCAGGCCACUGAAAGGCAACAAUGACAUCUUGAGUAUAACUCAGCCUGAUGUUAUUUACCAGAUUCAUAAGGAAUACUUGCUGGCUGGAGCAGAUAUCAUCGAAACAAACACCUUCAGCAGUACUAGUAUUGCCCAGGCUGACUAUGGCCUUGAACACUUGGCCUACCGGAUGAACAAGUGCUCUGCAGAUGUGGCCAGAAAAGCCGCUGAGGAGAUAACUCUGCAGACAGGAGUCAAGAGGUUUGUGGCUGGAGCUCUGGGUCCGACUAAUAAGACACUUUCUGUCUCCCCAUCUGUGGAAAGGCCAGAUUAUAGGAACAUCACAUUUGAUGAGCUUGUUGAAGCAUACCAGGAGCAGGCCAAGGGACUGCUGGAUGGAGGGGUCGACAUCUUACUCAUUGAAACAAUUUUUGAUACAGCCAAUGCCAAAGCAGCCUUGUUUGCACUCCAGAACCUCUUUGAAGAGAAUUAUGCUCCUCCUCGGCCUAUCUUUAUUUCUGGGACCAUUGUUGAUAAGAGUGGACGGACUCUUUCUGGCCAGACAGGAGAGGCCUUUGUCACCAGUGUGUCUCAUUCAGACCCCCUGUGUAUUGGAUUAAAUUGUGCUCUGGGUGCAGCUGAAAUGAGGCCUUUCAUUGAAACAAUUGGAAAAUGUACAACAGCCUAUGUCCUCUGUUACCCAAAUGCAGGUCUUCCCAAUACUUUUGGCGACUAUGAUGAAACACCAUCCAUGAUGGCCAUGCACCUGAAGGACUUUGCUGUGGAUGGCUUGGUGAAUAUAGUUGGUGGAUGCUGUGGUUCAACACCUGAUCACAUCAGGGAAAUUGCAGAAGCUGUGAAAAAUUGUAAGCCGAGAGUUCCCCCUGCUAGUGUUUUUGAAGGGCAUAUGUUACUGUCUGGUCUAGAGCCCUUCAGGAUUGGACCAUACACCAACUUUGUUAACAUUGGAGAGCGCUGUAAUGUGGCAGGAUCCAGGAAAUUUGCUAAACUCAUCAUGGCAGGAAACUAUGAAGAAGCCCUGAGCAUUGCCAAAGUGCAGGUGGAAAUGGGAGCUCAGGUGCUGGAUAUCAACAUGGAUGAUGGCAUGCUGGAUGGUCCCAGUGCAAUGACCAAAUUUUGCAACUUCAUUGCUUCUGAGCCUGACAUUGCCAAGGUGCCCCUGUGCAUUGACUCUUCCAAUUUUGCUGUGAUUGAAGCUGGGUUGAAGUGCUGCCAAGGGAAGUGCAUAGUCAACAGCAUCAGUCUGAAGGAGGGGGAGGGGGACUUCCUGGAGAAGGCCCGGAAGAUUAAGAAAUUUGGAGCUGCUGUGGUGGUUAUGGCUUUUGAUGAGGAAGGACAGGCAACAGAAACAGAUGUUAAAGUCAGUGUGUGUACUAGAGCCUACCAUCUACUUGUAGAAAAAGUCGGCUUCAAUCCAAAUGACAUCAUCUUUGACCCCAACAUCCUUACCAUUGGUACUGGAAUGGAAGAACAUAACUUGUAUGCUAUCAAUUUUAUUCAUGCAACAAGAGUCAUUAAGGAAACAUUACCAGGAGCCAGAAUAAGUGGAGGUCUUUCCAACUUAUCCUUCUCCUUCCGAGGGAUGGAAGCCAUUCGAGAAGCAAUGCAUGGGGUUUUCCUUUAUCAUGCGAUCAAGUUUGGUAUGGAUAUGGGAAUAGUCAAUGCCGGCAACCUCCCUGUGUAUGAUGACAUCCAUAAGGAUCUUCUUCAGCUCUGUGAAGACCUCAUCUGGAACAAAAACUCUGAGGCUACUGAGAAACUCUUACGAUAUGCCCAGACUCAUGGCACAGGAGGGAAGAAAGUCAUCCAGACAGAUGAGUGGAGGAAUGGCUCCAUUGAAGAGCGCCUGGAGUAUGCUCUUGUGAAGGGCAUUGAAAAGCACAUUGUUGAAGAUACUGAAGAAGCCAGGUUAAACCGGGAAAAAUACCCUCGGCCUCUGAAUAUAAUUGAAGGGCCCCUAAUGAAUGGCAUGAAAGUGGUUGGGGAUCUUUUCGGAGCUGGAAAAAUGUUUCUACCUCAGGUUAUAAAGUCAGCCCGUGUCAUGAAGAAGGCUGUUGGACACCUUAUCCCUUUCAUGGAAAAAGAAAGAGAAGAAGCCAGAGUGCUUAAUGGUUCGGUUGAAGAAGAGGACCCUUACCAAGGCACCAUUGUGCUGGCCACUGUGAAAGGGGAUGUGCAUGACAUUGGCAAGAACAUAGUUGGUGUGGUGCUGGGCUGUAAUAAUUUCAGAGUUAUUGAUUUAGGAGUCAUGACUCCCUGUGAUAAGAUACUUCAAGCUGCUCUGGACCAUAAAGCAGAUAUAAUUGGCUUGUCAGGACUCAUCACCCCAUCCUUGGAUGAAAUGAUUUUUGUUGCCAAGGAAAUGGAGAGGUUGGCUAUAAAGAUUCCAUUGUUGAUAGGAGGAGCAACCACCUCAAGAACCCACACAGCUGUUAAAAUAGCACCACGAUACAGUGCGCCUGUCAUCCAUGUCCUAGAUGCAUCCAAGAGUGUGGUGGUGUGUUCUCAGCUGUUAGAUGAAAAUCUCAAAGAUGACUACUUUGAAGAAAUACUGGAAGAGUAUGAAGAUAUUAGACAGGACCACUAUGAGUCUCUCAAAGAGAGAAAAUACUUACCCCUAAGUCACGCCAGAAAACAUGGUUUCCACAUUGAUUGGCUGUCUGGGCCUCACCCAGUGAAGCCCACAUUUAUUGGGACCCAGGUCUUUGAAGACUACGACUUGCAAAAGCUGGUGGACUACAUUGACUGGAAGCCUUUCUUUGAUGUCUGGCAGCUCCGGGGCAAGUACCCGAAUCGAGGAUUUCCCAAGAUAUUUAAUGACAAAACAGUAGGUGAAGAAGCCAGAAAGGUAUACGAUGAUGCUCAGAAUAUGCUGAACAUAUUGAUUAGUCAAAAGAAACUCCAGGCCAGGGGUGUGGUUGGAUUCUGGCCAGCACAGAGUGUCCAAGAUGACAUCCACCUUUACGCAGAGGGGGUGGUGCCCCAGGCCGCUGAGCCCAUAGCCACCUUCUAUGGACUGAGGCAGCAGGCUGAGAAGGACUCUUCCAGUACAGACCCCUACCACUGCCUCUCAGACUUCAUUGCUCCUCUGCAUUCCGGUGUGUGUGACUACUUGGGUCUGUUUGCUGUUGCCUGCUUUGGGGUUGAAGAGCUGAGUAAGGCCUAUGAAGACGAUGGCGAUGACUACAGCAGCAUCAUGGUGAAGGCGUUGGGGGACAGGCUGGCAGAGGCCUUUGCAGAGGAGCUCCAUGAGAGAGUUCGCAGAGAACUGUGGGCUUACUGUGGGAAUGAGCAGUUGGGUGUCACAGACUUGCGAAAACUCCGGUAUGAGGGUAUCCGGCCAGCUCCUGGUUACCCCAGCCAGCCUGACCAUACUGAAAAGCUUACCAUGUGGAGACUGGCCAACAUUGAACAGGCCACAGGCAUCAGGCUGACAGAAUCCUUGGCAAUGGCACCCGCUUCAGCAGUAUCAGGGCUAUACUUCUCCAAUGUAAAGGCCAAAUAUUUUGCUGUGGGGAAAAUUUCCAAAGAUCAGAUUGAGGACUAUGCGUUGAGGAAGAAUAUGCCAGUGGCUGAGGUGGAGAAAUGGCUUGGCCCUAUUCUGGGAUACGAUACAGACUGACUUCUCUCUCACACUCCUUUACUCUUUGCUGUUUUUCUUUUAAACUUUUAUGUUUGCUGACCUUAAGGGGGUAUAAUCCAGUGUGCCUUAGAAACAACAACACAAAGCGCCUUGUGUCUGCCUGCCCUACCCUGCCCUGCCCUACCCUGCCCUGCCCUGCCCUGCCUUGCCCUGCCCUGCCUUGCCUUGCCCUCCCCUGCCCUACUGUGAGAGGCUGGUUGAUGGCAUUCAAUGUAGAGUAGGUCUCUAGGGUUCUGGGAAAUGAGCAAUUUUCCAGGGACCUUAAAUGAGAAGCAACAAGGUGCCAAGGCUCAUGGUGCCUCUGGGCCCUCAGGAUUGGCCCAAGCAGAAGACAUCUUUUGCAUUUCAAAGCAGGGCACCCAGCUUUUCCCUAUUUUUGCAUUUGACCCAGGAAUGCACUUGUUCCUGGGUUUGUCUUUCUCUUGGUUGGUUGGUUUGGUUUGGUUUGGUUUGGUUUGAGUUUUUGUUUGUUUUUAUUGGCUGCCUCAUAUUAAGAAAGAUUCUGAAAAUAAGGUGAAUAGGAGAGUAUAUAAAGAAAUGUCACCCUGGAGCAAAGUAUCACAUGACAUUUCAAUCAGCAAAAGACUUGGACAGGGAGAAAAGUAUUCCUUUCUUUUCUCCUGUAUCAUCUUAUUUCUGAGGUGUAACUAAGUGGAUAUAGAACUCUGUGGCAGAGGCAUGCUCACUGCUUGCUGGACAGACAGACUGGAACUGUUUGCCCUGGUGUGCUGGUAGGCACAGUCACAUUCUCCAAGUUUUUUGUCUGUUGUAGUUUCACAGUCCCUUGCUCUAAGGCGGGAAAUGGAAGAGAGAAAGUGACUACCAAAGGCAUUUAACAUCUAGCUGUUCUCAGAAUUGAACACGUUGUUAGCUAAGCCUGAUGUCCUGUGCAGAGCUGGACCCAAGGGUGGCUUAACGCCACUCAACUCUUUGUCUGCACUUGACUCCAAAUACUUAUAGUUUAGAUAUACUGCAUUGUCUUGUUCUUUGGUAUUUCUGGAGAAAUUGUACAGAACACAGGCUCUGAAGGCACGGACUCAAACUUUAACUUUUCUGUGUAGCUGCUGUGUGACAGAAGCCAAGGGCUGAGACUUCCCCACACUGUCUGUUCAUCUGACCAAUGAGAACAGUCGUGUCAGUCUGUCUCAUUGAGGUGAGGAUAACAGGGUUGUGCAUAGAGAUGGUUCUGGUACACACAGGUAUUUAGUAAGUGGAGCUUCUGUAGAGCACUGUAUUCUCAGCCCUGCAGGUGCUCAUGGGAAGAAAGAGAGAGGGCAAGGGAGGAGGGAGAGGAGAGGAGUAUGUAUGGAGUGUGACUGAUCUCCUGGGAUUAGAACCCCAACUUACAGUUUACACUGACAAAGAGAAGCAACCUCUUAUGUGUUCUACAUACCGUCAGGACUCCUCUCUGAGACAGACUCCUUCCUUGCCUCAUAUAUUGUCCCAAGCCACUUACACCAAACAUGCUCCCUGGUAUAUUUGGAGGUGAAAAGAAAAUGAUAGUUGGGUAAUGACAAUCCUGCAUGUCUGUAAUCUUUCCAAAUUUAUUUUCAAGUGUGUAGCACAGUGCUGCAUUAGGGCGGCAAACAAAAGCAUCCUCUCCCAACUCAGAUAACUGCUCCAGGGAAGACGCAGAAGGGUCGUGGACUUUUAACAUGGAUGGCAGUUAUAAAGUCUUGUCUUGAAUGCAUCAUGAGCGUCUCACUGGUGUCAAGAACUUUAGCUCUUUAAAUGUGGAAUUUUUAUCAUGGUGCAUCUUUUUCAUACUUUGCAACUGUGGUGUAGAAGAUACAUUAUAUUGAAUUAUGCAACCUGCUUCAGUUUUUGAGUCCAGGGUUGUUAAAUCAUUGGUUGGGUCUUUUGUCUUGAUUGGCUUCAUAAACCUCAACUUUUUCAUGAUGUUCAUUUUCCUCUUCUGGUUUUCCUGACCCUAGAUUAGCUUCAACAUUUACUUCUUGGAUAUGUCCCUUGGUUGCAUGAGCCUCCUCAAUAUUUUCUCCCAAAUUGACUUUUCCUUGAUUCUUCGUUGUUAGAAUAUCUGUAUGUCACAUCUCUUCAAUAGGCUGAGCCCCUGCUAGAAUGGCCUUCUCAUAGAUUGAGAAAACAUUUUCAAUAGGACUUGUGAUUGGUUCAGUAUGUACAAGACAUAUCCAAUAUUUAACAAGUUUUUUGACAUCUGGGAUUUUAUGAAUCAGGUCAUUGAAUGUAGCUAAAAUCUCUUCUUUUAGGAACCCCUUAUUAAUGAGGUUCAGACUUUCAGAAAUAGUUUUGUUUAUUUUUUCAGUAAAUAAUCUCUGUUAAUCAUCUUCUGCCAUGGUAGUCCAAAAGGACCCAACUGGGUUUUCAUUUUGCCGCUUUGGCUCAGCCUGGGAAACCACUGAAGGAGGAGGCCUUUUGAGCCUCUUUCUUUUGCCAAUUCUCCAGUUGAUCAUCUGAGCUUUCCUCUGCUAUGAUGUCUUUGAGCUGAGCUGCUCUAUGAACAGUUGCUCCUGUGACUGUGGAUCUGCGCUGGUCAUUAUCUUUUGACUUUACUAUCAGUCUGGUAUUAGACAAAUUAGUCCUGGUUGCAUCUUUAGAUGUUAUCUUCUUGAUAGGGCCUUGUCUCUUUCGUGUCCUGAGAAGAACUGGUUUUGACAACAGACACAGCUGGUUCUGAUUGAUGUUAUUCCUUUUCAGGUGACCCUUUUCUGACUGUAACAUUGGCAAGGGGCCUGCUGAGGCCCUGUUUCACAGCGCCAUGGGUACUCCUGUGGAGGCUUUGGAUAGGUGGUUGCACAAGUGUGUUCUUCGACAUAGUGCUCACAGAUUUAGUGUCUGCAGACUUGAUGGCAGCAGUUGUAUUUGAAGCUUUUAUGCUGACGGUGUUCGCAGGCUCGCACUGAGCCUUCGUGGCUUUAGACACUGUAGUGGGAACUUUCUUAGUAGUUGCAAGGCUCUCGCCUUUGACAUUGGGAAGCUUUCUAAAUGAAUUAAUCUUAGGCUGAACAAUCUGGCCAUGAUAAUAGCCAAGCACUCGUUUUUUUCAUGUUUGUGUCUUGUUUGGGCUUCUCUGCAGUCAUUUGCAUCUUUUCAAUGUCUUUAUGGUGACAUGCCUGGUCUAAGGUUACAGUCUGACCUGGGAAAUCAUCUCUCAUUGAUAAUAGCUGCAUAGCUUGAAUAUUCUCCUUCUAGUUAUGUAUUUCUGAGCUGGUUACUUCUCUAGCUUUUAAUGGAAUACAGUUUUUCUCAACCGUGCUUCCAAUAUUUUCCUAUUAGCCACUUCUGUUUUGAGUUUCACAACUUUUUUCCUUUCUUGGACCUGGUCCUCAGAUAUCCCCAUUGUCUGACCUCUGGAUAUCUGAUUUUCUUGUUUGUAUGGAAACACUGUUUUUCUUGUUAACAGAUAUUCCUAAAGUUUUUUUGCUUCCUUUGUUAUUUCCAUAGUACAGUUUAUCAUCAAAAGCAGUUAGGACAGGAACCUGGUGGCCAUGGACGAGUUGCUUCAAGGCUCACUCUGCCUGUUUUUUGUUUUUUGUUUUUUGGGUUUUUUUUUGUUUACUUUUCUUUAAGGCAUCUAUAACUUGUCCUAGUUUAUAAAUGGGAGUCAGGAGCCUGCGUCUCUUACUUUCAGGGCAUAUUUCCAUGGCAGGUAUGUUCUUUAUGCUUUGGAACAUUGAUCUGUGAGGAAGAGUAACCUUCACAUAGUUUACUGUAUUUCAUUUGAAGAAUUACUAAGUCUUUUUAUUUCCUUGCUGUUCUUUCAGCUGGCUCCCCGAAUAUGCCAUUGAUCUAAUCCCAUGGCAUAUGUCAUCAUCAUCAUCCUUUUCAUCUUCUUCCUCCUAUUUCUCUUCUUCCUUCCUCUUCUCUCCUCUCACUUCUUCCUUCUUCUUACAUUUUAGGUAUACAGAUACUCACUAAGAAAUAUAAAAGAAAACUUGAAAGCAUCCUUCUUCAUUUAUUUUAGGUAUUCCAGAGAAGCUGGGCUCAGAGACUAGCAUUCUAAACGGGGCUCUGGGGUGUGUAUGACUGCAUGCACCUAGCAUGCUCCCUCACCGUUGGCGUCUGAGAUUCUGACAUGAACUCAUUCACAUUUGAGGCUUGUAUUUUCCCCCUCACAGUUUAGAAUUGUAUAUAGGCAGACGUGCUACCCUAUGUCUGUAAUCACAGGAUUUGGGAAGUUGAGGCAGGAAGAUUCGCAUGAGUAAUAGGCCAUCCUGAGUUUCAUAGCCUCUCCGAAAACAAAAACAGGUCCAGCAGGAAGGCUUAGUGAGUAAAUGCACAGGCUGCCAAACAUGGCCUGGUGUGCGCUCUGGGGCCUACAUGGUAGAAGAGAACCAGCUCCAAAGGAAUGUUCUCCAUUUUACUGCUUGCUGUGCUGCCAGGGGCUGGUAGGAGGGACUAGGGAGAGUAGUAUUGGUAACUCUUUCUCCUUUGAGCUGUUUCACUAGCAGUUCCCCCCAUUCAUAAUAAACACACAUGGGAAUAACUCCAUUUCUAGGUGAUUCUCUCAUGUACGCUCUUCUCACAUACAAUGUGCUUUCAUGAACCAGUUGUUUUUCUUCUACUCUCACUUAAUUCAGUGGAGUCAGGGGACAUGUUUCUCAUCUCUUACCACUGAUGACUUUUUAAUUAUUGGAACUAGAGGCCUUCCUCAGGGGUUAUUUUCUCUUUGCUUUGGACAGUGGUCUUACCCUUAUCCCCUCCCUUGUGAUAAUUUUCUGUUAGCCUCUAUGAUCAUUUCUCAAUCAUUUUUUUUCAUAAGUUGUUUUCCUCUUCCUACUUCAAUUCUUACAACAGUUGCUUUCCCAGUCUGUUGUUUCAGAGGUUGAUCUCAUCUGUAGUACUCCAGGAUCCUCCAUCCUUAAUCCUUGUUCCUUUAUAAGGUUGCCACCCAAGCUCCUGAAGGAGUACACAAGGCAUUUCACAGUGAUGUAUCCCAACCUUGCUUCUGUGUGUCUCAUCUGCUCUCCAGUAGAAAGACUAAUUGGCACCACCAAAUCAGCAGAUUGCAGGCUCACCACAUACUGUCCUUUUUGGAAUAUUUAGCUCAAAAAUUUGUUAGACUUGUGGUGGAAGUAUUCAGGGAAGAUCCUGGUUGACUCCAGUUUAGGACCUGAAGAACAGAGAUGCAGCAGGAAAGGAACAGAUGAGGAACAGUAAAUAGAAACACUAAAAUAUAAAGAUGCCAGCUCUUUCCAAAUUGAACUAUGAAGCCAAGAUUUCCAGCAGCAAUGCAAACUGAUGUCAUGACGAAGAUAAGCAGAUAAUUCAUGUGGAGUAGCAAAGGAUCAAAACUGGCCAGAUGCUUCCAAAGAUGAAGAAAGAGAUUUAGGGAAUCUGUCUGACAGUACUAACAAAUAUUACUGCAGAAGUAGUGUCAGGCAUAGUACAGAAAUGGCUUAAAUCAGUGCUACCCAAAACUAAAGCAAAUGAAUGAUUUAAGUGAGAAGACUUUUUUUUUUUUAAAGUAACUAAUAAGGGAUUAAUAACUAGAAUAUAUAGAAAUUUUCUAUUUUGAAAAAUAUAGAAGAGAGAAAGGCUUUAUCAUGAGGUUGGUAAACAGAUAGAUGUUCUGUGGUGAUGAGAAGUGUGAGAUUCCGGUUCACAUCUACAACAUUUGCAGGAGUGGGGCCUACAGUAGUCACAUGCAUGUUACAUACCAGUGCUGGAGAACAGUCAUGCUUCACAGAUGGGAACAAGGCCAGAUCUCCUAGCAUGUUCAGCCAUGUCUUACAUUUUGUCAUGGCAAUAUAAUCAGGCUAGUAACAGGAAUAACUGAAGUUCUGUCCAUGGGAGAAUGGUUUUAUAAGAUACCAUGAUGCAGCAAAAUUGAGAAAACUAUAGCCACACUUGGCAAUAAAGGUAAAUCACAGAAAAUAGGGGCAGAGCAAGUCCCUUGAGUCUACUUAAUGGCAUAAUACUGUUUUUAUAGAGUUCAAAAGUAAAUGAGAUCAAAGAAUGUAUAUGAUAGUUAUGUGUGUGAUUAAAAACUUAAAAGGUCACAGAAACCCCCAAAGUAAGUUUAGUGAUAGAUAACUUUUGGGGUGGGAGAUUAAAAGGGGCCAGAGAAGAGCACACAAGUGAAUUAUGAAUAGCUGCUUUAGUUUUUGGGUGGGAGGGUUAUGGCUAUUGACUACAUACAGCAUUUUUGUACAUUUUAAAUAUGCUAUAUUUAAUGUGUAUUUAAUAUAUUUUAACCAAUAAAGAUAAAGUGAAAUGGUAUCCUCAAA